AUGGAUACAGAAUCUCUUCAGGCCGCCCAAGGCUUCGUAAAUUACAUCAAUGACUCGCCAACACCUUAUCAUGCUGUAGCAAAUGUCAAAAGCGAGCUUGUUGCAAGCGGAUUCCAGGUCUUGAAGGAAAAAGAUCACUGGAAAUUGGAGGCUGGCAAGAGCUAUGUUGUGACUAGAAACGGCUCCUCGCUCAUAGCUUUUAGGCUUGGAUCCUCCUUCGAAAAAGGAGGUCCCGUGGCGAUUGUUGGAGCUCACACAGAUUCACCUUGUCUUAAACUUAAGCCUAUUUCCGCUAAAAGCGGCGAGGGCUUCGUUCAAGUGGGCGUUGAGCAAUACGGAGGUUUGAUUGCGCAUUCAUGGUUUGACAGAGAUCUUGCCAUUGCAGGACGUGUGUAUGUGAAGACUGAAGAUGGCCAAUUUGUUGCAAAGCUUCUCCACAUCAAGAAACCUUUGAUGAGGAUCCCAACUUUGGCAAUCCACUUGCAUAGAGAAGCCAACACUAAAUUUGAGUUCAACAAAGAAACUGAGUUUGUUCCAAUUGCUGGUCAAGAGAAGUUCUACAGUUGUAAGGAUGAUCCAAACUUGAAGCUUACAGAGUCUGAGUUCGAGGCAGUCAAGCACGUCAUCGAACGCCACAAUCAGGCAUUAAUUACAUUGAUUGCACAGGAGCUAGAUGUGUCGCCUCAACAGAUCGAGGACUUUGAGUUGUUGCUUUGUGAUUACCAACCUGCGACUUUGGGUGGCAUGAGCGAGGAGUUUAUUUUUGGACCUCGCCAGGAUAAUUUGACAUCGUGCUUCGCUGCGGCCAAAGCUUUGUUAUCGGCUGAGGUGGCAUCCACUGGUGCAUCUUUGAUAUCAUUAUUCGAUCACGAGGAGAUUGGCUCUGUUUCAGCGCAGGGCGCUGACUCGUCCUUUUUGCCAGAUAUUUUGAACCGUUUAGCGGACUCAGAUGCCGGCGCUUUGGCAAGAAUGUGCUCUCAAUCGUUCGUCAUUUCCUCUGACCAAGCUCACGGUGUGCAUCCAAACUACGAACGUUUCUACGAGAAGGCCAAUCGUCCACAUGUGAACGGGGGCCCGGUAAUCAAAAUCAAUGCGAAUCAAAGGUAUGCCACCAAUUCUCGUGGAAUUGUUCUCAUAAAGGCCAUUGCAGAAAGAUCAAAGGUGCCAAUGCAGUUGUUUGUUGUACGCAAUGACUCUCCUUGUGGCUCGACCAUCGGACCUAUGCUCCUGGCCAAGCUUGGUAUUCGGGUCUUGGACCUUGGUAACCCCCAACUCUCCAUGCAUUCCAUUCGUGAGACUGGUGGUUCACACGACAUAAUCAAAUUACAGAGACUAUUUGCUGGCUUUUUUGAGCACUUCGUUGCUGUUGAUGAUACUGUUCUUUGUGAUUAG